UAGUAUAUUUAAAAUCGCAUUUGUUCAUCACAGCUGAUUAUUACAAUAUCCGACAGCAAGCUCGUUGGUUUUAUUUUCGCAAGCAAAAAUAAUUAAAACAAUCAUGGCUAAAUACAAAAUUGUUAUGGUUCGUCAUGGUGAAAGUGAAUGGAAUAAAUUGAAUUUAUUUUGUGGCUGGUAUGAUGCAGGACUGUCAGAUAAAGGAAAAAGUGAAGCUGUAGCCGCUGGAAAAGCUCUUAAAGAUGCCGGUUAUACAUUUGAUGAAGCUCAUACAUCCGUUUUAACACGAGCACAAGUUACUCUUCAAACUAUUUUGAAAGAAAUCAAUCAAGAAAACAUUCCCAUUCAUAAGACUUGGCGAUUAAAUGAACGUCAUUAUGGUGGAUUAACUGGAAUGAAUAAAGCAGAAACAGCAGCUAAAUACGGUGAAGAACAAGUUCAGAUCUGGAGAAGGUCUUUUGAUACUCCACCUCCUCCAAUGGAACCUGAUCAUAAGUAUUAUGAAACCAUCGUCAAAGAUGAACGUUAUAAGGAUGGACCAAAGCCUGAAGAAUUUCCAAAAUUCGAAUCUCUUAAAUUAACUAUUGAAAGAACACUUCCUUAUUGGAAUGAUGUUAUUAUUCCUCACUUGAAAGAGGGUAAAAGGAUUAUUAUUGCUGCCCAUGGUAACAGUUUGAGAGGAAUUGUCAAACAUCUUGAUCAAAUGACCAAUGAUCAGAUAAUGGGACUUAAUUUACCUACAGGAAUUCCAUUUGUUUAUGAGUUGGAUGAAAACUUCAAACCAGUCGUAUCCAUGAAAUUUUUAGGAGAUGAAGAAACAGUUAAAGCUGCUAUUGCUGCAGUAGCUGCUCAAGGAAAAGCUAAAUAGAUUAAAUAAUCUGUUGCCAUUACAUAAUUUCUCAAUAUGAUACCAUGAUUCAAUAACGUUACAAACUUAAAAUUAUUUAUUGUAAAAUAAAGUUAAUAAAAGUGGAUAAAAUAGCAUAAAAUAAAGUUCAGAAGGUUUGUGAAAAUUAA